AUGAUAACUCAUGCCCAGAAGCAGGUUGACGAACUGAAAGAAAUAGUGAGGAGGGAAGUGUUCACAAAUCUUAAAGCUGGAGGUGAUGGUUUUGCACAUCAACUCAAGUUAAUUGAUGCAAUCCAGCGUCUUGGCGUGGCAUACCAUUUUGAAAGAGAAAUCGAAGAAGCACUGGAACGCAUACAUGGUACAACCUAUCAUGACAAUUAUGAUGGUGAUCUGCACAGUGUUGCUCUUGGCUUUCGGCUACUAAGGCAGCAUGGAUAUAAUGUUUCAUGUGAUAUAUUCAACCAGUUCAAAGAUGCAAACGGUAACUUCAAGGAAAGCUUGACUGCCAAUGUGUCUGGCAUGCUAAGCUUGAAUGAAGCAACACAUCUAAGGGUGCAUGGAGAAGAUAUACUAGAAGAGGCUCUUGUUUUCACCACCGCUCACCUUGAGUCCAAAAUAACCCAUGUAAGGUAUUCACUGGCAGCACAAAUAAGUCAAGCCUUGGAGAGACCUCUGCUAAAAUGUCUAGAGAGGUUAGGUGCCAGGAAUUACUUGUCAAUCUACCAAGACGAAGCUUCACAUAAUGAAACUCUACUAAAACUUGCAAAGUUAGAUUUCAAUCUUGUUCAGUCUUUGCACAAAAAGGAGCUCAGUGAGAUUACUAGGUGGUGGAAAGAAGUGGACUUUGAAAGGAAGCUGCCGUUUGCAAGAGACAGGAUAGUGGAAUUGUACUUUUGGGCAAUGGCAAUAUAUUUUGAACCUCACUACUCUGCCGCAAGAAUAAUUGUAAGCAAAAUCAUUGCCGUGGGAACAGUGAUGGAUGAUAUAUACGAUGCAUAUGGUACCUUCGAAGAACUCGAGAUCUUUACAGAAGCAAUUAGGAGGUGGGAUGUUAAUUGCAUGGAUGAACUGCCAGACUACAUGCAAAUAUAUUAUCGCACACUUUUGAAUCUUUUCAAUGAAAUUGAGGAUGAGAUGGUGAAGCAAGGCAAUUCAUACCGAAUUUACUAUGCAAAAGAAGCUGCAAAAGCUUCAUGCCAAGCUUACUUUGCUGAGGCCAGAUGGUUACACGAAGGAUGCAUCCCAAGCAUGGAGGAGUAUAUGCAUGUUGCAGCAACUACUGUUGGUAACCGCUUACUUGCAACCAUGUCUUUACUUGGCAUGGGAGAUGUUGUAACGAAGGAGGUAUUUGAGUGGUUGUUCAGUAACCCUAAAAUUCUUAGAGCUUCCAAUAUCAUGUUUAGGCUCAUGGAUGACAUUGCUGGGUCCAAGUUUGAGAAAGAGAGAGGGCAUGUUGCUUCUAGUAUUGAUUGCUACAUGAAGCAAUAUGGGGUCUCAGAGGAAGAGACACUUGAUGUUUUCAACAAACAAGUUGUGGAUUUGUGGAAGGAUAUAAACGAGGAGCUCCUUAUAAAGCCAACUGCUGUGCCAAGGCCUGUCCUCAUCUGCGUUCUCAAUUUAACAAGAGUUGUGGAUCUGCUUUAUAAAAAGGGAGAUGACUUCACACAUGUUGGAAAACUCAUGAAAGAUACUAUUACUUCCCUUUAUAUUGAUCCUGUGCCACUUUAA